AUGCCUUUCGAUUUGAAGAAUGCAGGGACAACAUACCAAAGGCUCAUCAACAAAGUCUUUGCUAACUUGAUUGGAAGGAAUGUGGAGGCGUACAUUGAUGACAUGGUGGUUAAGAGCAAACAGGUGGACCAGCAUAUUUCAGAUCUUGAAGAGGUUUUCGACACCUUGCGAAAGUACAGAGUAAAGUUAAACCCCGCAAAAUGUGCAUUUAGCGUAGUCUCGGGCAAGUUCUUGGGCUUUAUGAUCACUCACCGGGGGAUAGAGGCUAACCCUGACAAAAUACAAGUCUUGGCAUCUAUGGAAUCACUAAGGAACAAGAAAAGGUACAGAGAUUGUGAGAAAGCUUUUCAGGAGCUCAAGCAAACAUUAGCAUCUCCUCCUAUUCUCACUAGGCCUGAGCCUGGUGACACCUUAUUUUUGUACCUGGCCGUAUCUCAAAACGCGGUCAGCGGGGUCUUGGUGAAAGAGGUUAACAGAGUCCAACAACCUAUCUACUAUUCUCACCCUAUUGUGGUGCUCACUAAUCAACCACUUAGGCAUAUACUUCAAAAGCCGGACGUCUCAGGAAGACUGAUGAAAUGGGUGAUCGAGCUUGGAGAAUUUGACAUCGAAUUCAAACCACGCCCAUCUAUCAAAGUCCAAGCACUAGCCGACUUCAUUGCAGAACUAACCCCUAGUCCUCGGGGGCCAGGUGACGGCUCGAGCAUGAGCACCAAUUUGGACACUUGGCAAAUUUUUGUAGAUGGAGCAUCAAACUCCUCGGGCUUGGGUGCAGGGGUCAUCAUCAUCAGCCCUGACAAACAUACGGAGAUUCAAUGCGCUCUUAGGUUCGAGUUUGAAGCAACCAAUAACGAGGCCGAGUAUGAGGCCAUCGUCAUUGCUCUAGAGCUAGCCCUUAGCCUUGAGCUCGAGUUCGUGAAGGUAUUCAACGAUUCACAAUUGGUGGUCGGACAGAUUGAAGGAUCAUUUGAAAGGAAAGACGAGAAAAUGAGUUUGUACUGCAUGAAGGUUCAAGAUCUUCAACGAAAAUUCAAAAGUUGUGAAAUUGCAAAAAUUGCUCGAAAGGACAAUGGAAAAGCCGACGCAUUAUCCAGGCUUGUGGUCAUGGGGGUAGACAGCCUGGACAGAACAGUUUACAUCAAAGUCAUCACAGAACCCAGCAUCAAUCAAAUCCCCGACGUCAUGGACAUUGACAACGAACCAUCUUGGAUGGACCCAAUCAUAGAAUUCAUCACAAGUGGAAAUCUACCAAGCGAUGUCAGGUUGGCUAGAAGCAUCAGAGCUCGAGCUCCUAGGUACUGCAUGAUCAGCGGUGUCCUCUUUCGCAGAAGUAUUACUCUUCCAUACCUAAGGUGUCUUAGACCAUCAGAAUCAUCCCAGGCCCUUGCUGAAGUUCAUGAAGGUGUGUGCGGGAAUUAUCAAGGAGCCAGGGCCCUGGCCUUUAAACUCAUACGAUAUGGGUACUAUUGGCCAACUAUGAAGAAAGAUGCCUCAGAAUAUGUUAAGAGAUGUGAUAGGUGCCAGAGGUUUGGCAAUGUUAUCCAUUCACCAGUCGAAGACCUCACCAACAUUAACUGUUCAGCCCCGUUUGAACAAUGGGGAGUUGACAUCCUCGGCCCCUUUCCUGUGGUAAGAGGUCAAUUAAAGUUUGUUGCUGUAGCAGUAGAGUAUUUCACAAAAUGGGUAGAGGCCGAACCUCUCGCCACGAUAUCGGAGCCCAAGCUAAGAGCCUUCACUUAG